CACUCCAAACACAAGCCCACACAUCACACACAUCACACACACAUCACACACACACGCAGCAGCAGCAGCAGCAGCAGCGGAGGAAGGAGAAGAGGACUGGACUGAGUUUCCAAGCAGAGACAUCAUGAAAACAGUCCGGUUUUUCAUACUCUUCCUGAGUUUGCUGGUUGGCAGUUUAGUUGACUCCUCUUCCCUGUCCUCCCUCCAGCGUGUCAUCACUUGCAGGGUGGGAAACCAGGUGGUGCUUCCCUGCAGCUGGAAGUCUCGCCUGCAGGACGUGGCCCCGUCCAGCUGCCACAUCCAGUGGACGAAGCCGGUCGAGACCGUGUUCGAGCAGUGGGGGGAGCGGCAGUGGCAGGCGGACGAGUUUGCUGGUCGAGCGACGCUUCCCGAGGAGAGGCUGGACUCCGGCGACUGUUCCCUCAUCAUCAGUGAUGUUCAGAUCGGAGACGCGGGGACUUACGAGAGCUUCAUGGUGGUGGACGGAGUGAGGUCCAGAAAGACCAGGGUCUUCAUUCAGGGCGUCAAGCUGUCUGUGUUCGACCAUAAAUCCCGUCUGUCUCUGGGUCUGGGUGAGGACCUGGUCCUGGAUCUGCACACCCAGUACUCUGUGAGGGUGGUUUUCCUCGGCAGGAACAGCUCACAGUGGUCGGACCUGUGGAUGAGGGGCAAUGAAGACAGCGAGCGCCUGGAGAAGCACCCCCUGAAAGAGCAGCUGACGAUAAAGAAGUUAAAGAGCUCGGAUGAGGGGACGUUCAAAGUCCUGGAUGCUAACGGGCUCGCUGUCAGCACCGUGCAGCUCUUUGUGGAAGAACGCACAGAUGCACAGCGCCAGGUGUGGGACGAUGGAGUUCUGGCAGGCGAUCCUGCCAGAAGCUGCAGCUCAGCUCUUCCCAUCUUGUCUGUAUUCGUUGCGAGUUUCCAAAUUCUUCAUCUCCUCUAAGGAAAUUCAUUUGCACAGUAACUCCACACAGACAACGACGGCAACUGCCUGUCCACUGAACACGUGAUGUCAGUCUGCUCGAACUAACUCGCACGAGUGUAGAAACCACGAGUCUUGUCAUUUCAGGGGGUGUUCUAUGUUUGUCACCAUAAAUAAGAAGUGUGUCAGCAGUGAAUGUUGUUAAGAGCUGCUGACGAGCUGAAAUACUCCAGGGGAAAAGUCCUGCAUUGAAAACGUUGUGGAGUGAAGAGUACAGCAUUUCCCCCUGAAAGGAGGAGGUAGAAAAUGGCACCAUUUUUAUGAUGUUGUAGGUUGCUCUUCGUAUUUAACAUGUGUUUAUCCUUCUGGGGCUUUUGGUAUUUUUUUUCAAAAUUCAAUAAAAUUCUAAUCAUAAAAAAGAAAAUGGCACCAAAAGUCCCCUGAACUUGUGCUGCGGUAAGGUGACCUGGUUUGGAUGGCCUCCUUCUUGUUCAUAUCAACCACUUUCCACUGAACUGAUGUUUCGUGUUUGAAAUCAUUAGCAGUUAAUUCAGUCAGAUGUUCCUGUUCUCGUCACAGCCACAGAUUUGUCUGUGUGUGUGUGUGUGUGUUGUGUAGCCUCCUGUGGUGCCGUGAUUAAUAUUUACAGUAUUUAUAAAUCACUUUUCAACUUGC